GGUGUAAGCGUAAUUGCUGACAUUUGCCUGGAGUCCAGGAAGUUUAUAUAGGUCGUUAACAGUUGCACUCAUCUCGUGGUCUGCGCUUCGUUCAUCGCUGUUUUGUAGAUUCCGCGAAGAUAUGUGUAAUUUCAGGCGAUAGGGCUAGCCUAAAAGCUGAGCCAUGGGCAGAUAAUUGAACGUUGUGACCUAGACUCACGUUAGACAUUACUUUACAUUAUCUGGCCGAAGUGUUUUUCAACAAUGACGUUAAUUUUCUUGGGCAGUGUACUGUUCACGUUGAUUCCUGGGAUAUCUGGACAGAGAAUUCUAAACCCUUCCACUCUGAACUGUACUCAACCGAAUCUGAGGUGCAACGUCACUGAAAAUAAUUGUCUGGAUGAAGGGUGGUUUGUGGCGAAAAAGUUUACUCCCGGCCCCCCGAGGGAUUUGGAGGUCCGGGUGGACGUGAGAGAGGAUGAGAACGGUGACCUGCAUUCUGUGCUUGUGGCUCACUGGAAAGCAAACGAUGACGGAAGCAUUCGUUUCCUCCGUGGAACUCAGAUCGCUCUCUUGCACCUGGGUACCAAUCACCGUUUCUGUAUGCAAUACGUUUUCCCGGAUAAAUUUCCAGGGAUGAGGAGUCAUCGAGAACUGUGGUCCUUUUCAACAGAUCAAUUGGUGCUUGACCCUGAACAGGACUACCUGGUGACUGUUUCCAACCUGCCCAAGCCAAACCUUGGCUACACUGGUUACAAUAUAGAAGAGAAUGUUCACGUUCCAGGUUGCACUGAUUCAAAAAUACAGAGAACCAAAAGCUGUUUGGAUAAUGGGUCCCAGUGGCAACCCAACAUCACCGUGAUCAAGUCCAAUGGGUCUGGUUACCAGGGGGCGCUGAACGUGAGCUUCAUCACUGCAGAAAGCUCAGACGAGUACCGUGUGUCCCUCAAAUGUGAGAAGAAACAACAGCCUCAGACCCUGCGGAAGAUUGAUAACACAGUGUACCUGACUGCAGUGUAUGACCUUAAGGAGUUUCCCUGGAAUUGCUGUAACUUUGACGUUAAGAUCCAGCCAUUUUUUCCAUUGUGUUCCAAUGACUGCAUCCGUAUUAAAAAGAACUUCAACAUAUGUCCAGUACCACCACCAACUGACCCACCAGACACAGACAGUCCUUGGAAAUUCACAGCCAUCAUUGCUGGACUGCUAUUCACCUGUGCUGUCGCAUGCUGUUCAGCAUGGGUGUAUCUACGUUGCAGAAACGACCCAAAAGUGGUCCCCAUUCAACCACCUCCGCGGAAUGAGCCCCUCAAGCCUGUCCCCCGCACCAUACUGGUCAUCUACUCGCAGGACCACCGCCUCUACACAGAGAUUGUGCUGAAGCUCUGCGCCUUCCUGCGGGCCAAGUGUGCCACGGAGGUGGUGGUGGACCUGCUGGACUCGGCCUGGCUCGGCACUGUGGGCCGGCUGCCCUGGCUGGAGCAGCAGAGGCGGCGCAUCGACAAGGUCCUGAUCCUGUCUUCUCGUGGUGUGCGGGCCAAGUGGGACGCCAUGUGCGGGCAGCGGCCUGUGAUGUUGCGCGAGGACGUGCGCUCGCCCACUGACGACAUGACGACAGCCGCCUUUAAUCUGAUCCUGCCCGAUCUUCAGCGCGCCGCAUCGCUAGGCAAGUACCUGGUGGCGUACUUCGACGAUGUCAGCUGCGAGCAGGAUGUACCAUCUGUCUUCAACAUUGCCAUUAGGUACCGGCUGAUGAAGCACUUCGAGGAGCUCUUCUUCCGCAUCCAGGACAUGGAGAAGUACCAGCCGGACCGAGUAAACACCAUCGAGGGCAUCGGCAUGGACGACUACUUCAACUGUCCCUCGGGCCAGGCACUGAGGGAGGCCAUCGAGGCCUUCCGCGCUUACCAGCUAGACAACCCUGACUGGUUCGAGAGGGAAUGUGUGGACAACGAAGAGGAGGCGAACACCGAACGUGAGCCGCUGAUCGACAUGAGUUUGAUUCCUCCAAUUCUGAAGUGCGAGCCGCUCCUCAACGAAGGCCCUUCCAUCCUCGUCCAAGAAGUCAACGUCCAUCCCAACGCGCACCCGGCGCAGCGCGUUCACGAGCUGACCCCAGAGAUCAACGAGAGCAGCGUGGGGACCUCGGUGCAGGAGGUGGACCUAAGAAACGCACCUGGGAACCGGCCCAUGCAUCUUUUACACCUGGAUGUUCAGCCCGGUGCGGCGGAGGGUGUCUCUGCUGCGAGUCAACUCGUCUUGAAUCAUGAGCCACACCUAAGGGCAAAACCAGUCCUGCAAGAGGUCUGUGUGAAUGAGGAAGUGCCACAAUCUGUUAACACGUCCUACAACAGGCCCUCUCCCCAGGCACUGCAGCAGUUGCUAGCUCUCCAGCAAUGCCUCACACCUCUGGAUGUACCCACCCCUCGUGAACUGAGAGCUCAGCCUCCACCCCUGCCCUUGCAGGGGAUCCCAUCUCAGCAGCCAGUGGAGAUGGCAGAAGGGGAGGGAGAGUACGAGGAAGCGGAGGCAGAAGAGGUGGAGGUGGUGGAGAACAUUGGAGAGGGAGACGUGGUGGUGAGGGAAGAAGUGCUGGUGGGGGGGCUCGAGCGGAACUCUGGGAAGAGGCGGUCGCACGGGUCCGACCAAGGCUACGGCUCGAGGGAAACACCAACCAUCGAACCCCCGCCUGCGUCCUCCCUGAUGGCUUUGGCGGCUCUACAGCAGUCUCUGUUCAUGGCGAGCCCUAGGACCUCAGGGUUUGGCUCUGAGACCGCACCAAGCACCGAUCAUCAACAGUAUGUCCCGUCAAAUGAUUAUCUUUGUUAAUACAAAUUAUUCUGCUUUGCUUCACUCAUCAGUCACUGUUUGUAUAUACAUUAAUCAACAAUGCCAAGCAUGUUUUAUUUGUUUAUUUUGAUUGCUUAUUAUUUCAUAUUUGAUCGUACAUAUAGUAAGUACUUAAAAAAGAUUCAUAUCAGUUUACAGAUAUACAUGUUGUUAUACACAUAUGAUAUACUUUCGGUAAACAAGUGGAAUCUGGACAUAUGUUCUGCCAACAAUUCACAAACAAUUGUGUGGUCAGAGAAACUGAUUUUGUGGAAAAGUCUGUGUGUGCAUCCUUUAUGUUUGUUUUAAACAAAUGUUCAACAACCUACUCUGUACUACUUCACCACUUUCUUUGGUAGGUUUCCAUUUACUGUGCUUUUCACCUAUAUAUUUAUAGCGGACUCUUUCAUAAUGCUAAAUCCAAUGCAUUGCAAACUAGUGCGCUACUCACUCUACUCUACUUUUUACAUUGAGUAGAUCAUUAAUAUGUUAAAAAAGAAUGAAUGUUUUUGUAUUCCUCUUUGAUUUAACCUUUUGAAUUUUAGUAUACCUUUAAAGACUUUGUUAUGAUAUUCAGAACAUGUCUAGAAAAUAAGAGCCCUUGGGGGGAACCUAAUAGUGACGGGAAAUUUUAACACAAUUGCACUGUAGGUCUUUCUCAAACGACAAAGUUUUCAAUUUGCGUGCGAGCUUUGAAAUGGACAGAGCCUAAAAGCACAAGGAGGCACAAAAUAACAUGUUUCAUUUACUUAAUGCACUGCUGGCCUGCAUAUUCAGUCGCUUUCAGAACAUAAUAAAUCACGCCUAAGGCGGUGUGUUUCAGAU